AUGUCUCAACCUCAUACUCCAACCGCUACCUGCGGCCGCAAGCGCUCCAAUUCCUUGCCCACUCCUUCGCCUUCGCCCUACACUUCGCCAAUUCUCAAACGCGCCAAGAUUGACGCGAUCCAGACGAAGCUGCCCGAUCAACAGGCUGGUUCUGACGAGAAAGAAAUUGCGACGGAGGCAAUCCCUACGGAGCCGCAAUCGUCCGACAAGCCGCAAUCCUCGCCUGGCGUACUCGAGCCCGUGCAGGAGUCAGUCGAGGUGGAAUCUUGGGCAGAGACUGAGAGGGCUCCGGAACCCAAGCCUCGCAAUCCAAAUCGGCUCUCGCAGAUCGGUAUCUCUGCUGCGGCGGUGGGUGCGGCAGCUGUGGCUGGUAUUGCAUCCGUUGCGACAGUAGCAUUGGGAUCUAAGCCCAAGCCAGUCGAGGAAGAGAGCGGCGACAUUGAUGACUUCACUGAGGAACCCGAGAUUUGCACUUCCUCCAGGGUCUCGAUUGCUGGUCGCAGCUCGCCGAGCUUUUCGGAAUCCGGAAAGGCUGUCGUGGUUGCCCCCAAGCUACUCCAGCGAACGCCCAGUGUCCACUCGGCCCGCGUUGUUGACGUCCAUGGGCCUAAGAGUCCUGUGACUGGAUCAAGGACAUCGUCGGUGGAUGCGUCCGAUCGUUCCCAGCCAGUCAACCUCUCUCGCGCGAGCAGCGUUUCCCGCACAACACCCCCGAUUAUUGAAGAGACGCAGAAACCGAAGCCAGCUGAGAUUGACAUCAUCAUUCGCUCAUCCUCUUCCACUCCUCGUACCCGGUCACCGGUUGAGAAAUCGUCUCGUAGACAAAACACAAACGAGUCAAUCUCGGAAGUCGACGAAGAUGCUGAGGUACGGCCUACUCGCCAGGACAAGGCGAGGACGGCGGCGGCUGCGUCAUCCCCAACUCCCAAUAGCAGAUUUUCUCAGGCGCCAUCCAGCUCUGCCCGGCAGUUAGGGUCCCCUCGCCAUGAUCACACUUCAUCAGUGACCAAGGUAACCAUCCUGAGCGACACUCAUCCCAACGGUCACACUGUCGAAGACCGUCUGUCCUCGCCACGCAACCGGCCUCAGGUCACCCCGAGCGUGCCUGAACGCAACACAGGUCGGCAAGCACACGGGACCCAUUCGCCGGCCGCAAGCAUUGGGGUGGUGACAGUCGAGCGGCCUGCCGCAGGUCAAGAUUCCCCCGACCGCACUCGACAUCUUCGGACAUCUGGCUCCUCUGGCUCUUCGAGCACUGGCAAAAUCAGGGCCGUUAGAAAUUCAGAGGAUAGCAAGGCCUCCGGUCGCGCCGACAACCUUCCUCGGAACUUUGAGGAACUCAUCCAGAGUGAUCAGACCAUCCAGUACACGCUCACUCCCGAGAACAUGCGUGACCUUGAUCAUGGACAUUAG